ACACUUUUCUCAAAUAAAGUAAAAUUCACAAUAGUUUAUAUUUCUCUUAAGAGUGUGCAAUACUUUUCACCUUCACUUUCACAACUAACCACAAAACAUUAAUCACAAAAUUUUUAGUUUUUCUAUCUAAAUUAUAGUGAUAAAUUAAUUGGAUAUGUCUGUAAUAAAUAUUAAAACUGCUGAAGAAUACAAUAAUGCAAUAAACGAGGACAAAGUUUCAGUUGUGCUCUUCUCUGCCGACUGGGCCGAACAAUGUAAACAAGUAUCUGAAGUGCUAGAGGAAUUAGCCAAAAUUUUAAAGCAGCUACAAUUCUACAGUCUAAAUGCAGAAAAAUAUGCUGAAAUAUCAUUGAAGCAUCAAAUUGAUGCUGUGCCGACUAUUAUAUUCUUCAAAGCGGGAACAGCAGUAGACCGUGUGGAUGGUGUAGAUAUAGCAGCUUUGACAACGAAAUGUAAAAAGCUUGGAGCAAAUAAUAGUAGUAAUUCAGGUGAAACGUUAGAGGAACGUUUAAAAUCAUUAAUAAAUCAUGCGCCAGUAAUGAUCUUCAUGAAAGGUGAUCGAAAUGCACCACGUUGUGGUUUUUCGAGAACAUUAAUUGAAAUAGUAAAUAAAGUCGGUAUUCCAUAUGAAACUUUCGAUAUUCUGACCGAUGAAGAAGUACGUCAAGGCUUAAAAACA